ACGGGAAUCCCCAGUAAGACACUAGGUAGUGCCCGACCUGUGCAUAGAACUACAUCUCCCAGAUUGUGUUUACUUUCUGCUCCCAUUUAUAGCAACACUCUUGUAUCGCACUGCCUGUUGAACAACACGGUCUGGACUGCGGCAGAACGAGGUUCAGGUGACGGUGUCCCCCAUAAAUCUCGGGAUGAGUGACGGAACGGAGGAAGAGACUGUUCCCGUUGUAAUGGAGACCUCGUCAUACUCGCAGGUAGUUUUCAACGAUGUUCCUCCAUCAUAUCCGCCAAACACCCCAGUUUCGUGCUGGUACACUCUCACCGGUGCUCUGCAGCCCAACCCGAGGGACUGGAUCGGUGUCUUCAAGGUUGGAUGGAGUUCGACACAGCAGUAUUUUAACUAUGUAUGGGUGGAACCUUACCUGGACAAUGUUGGACCUGAACCGCUUGUGCAACAUGUGGUUUUUAAAGAGAGCUACCUGCCCAAGGAUGAUGGGGAGUUUUACCAGUUCUGCUAUGUGGACAGCAAUGGCUAUGUCAAAGGAGCCAGCACCCCAUUCUGCUUUCAAAACCCAGCAGAAUCAAGCCUUGAUUGCAGCUUGGAGAAGGACCUGUUGGUUAUAACAACACAGGAGCAGGCAGAAAAGAUGGAGAAAGAGAAAGAGGACUAUGUCAAAGAGAUUGAGCACUUAAAAGAAACAAAUAAGAUCCUGAAAACUGAGUUGGAUGAAAGACUGCACGAGAUCCGCCGUCUCAGGAGCUCUCUAGAUGAUGUGAAGCCAAAGGAUAACCCGGAAACACCACUGCCAGAUGUAAAGAGUUUUAACUUCACCGAAGAGUCACUGAACAAUCUUCAUGAAAAGUAUGAUAGAGCUGUUCAAAAGAUCCACUUGCUUAAAAAAGAAAAGGCUGAGUUACAGGAACAGGUUGAACUCCAGGAUGCAGAAAUCCUCAGGCUGAGUACCUCACUGAAAGAAACUGAACAAAAUUACAACAAAGUACAGGACCAGGCCAAGUUGCUACAGGUGGAUGUGCAAAGCAGCAGGAAAGACAAUGAGAAAUUGCAGAUUGAAAUCCAGGAGCUCAGGAUGAAAAAGACUAUGGAGGAUCGGAGUGCUGAAAACAAAGCAUUACAAACAUCCAUGUCAGAGCAAGGAGCACAAGAGAAAGAACAAAAAGUACAGAUUCAGGCUCUGCUAACUCAGCUGACAGAAGCCAGAGGGCUGCUUCGCAGCGAGGUGCAGAACUGUAAAGAAGCCUGCAAGCGUGCAGAAGGAGCUGAGCAGGAAUUGAAGGAAGUGAAAAAGAAGCUGGAGGAGAUGACCUUAAAACAGGCUGAGGGCGAGAAAUCCAAUCAAAUCCAGAAACAACUUCAGCAGGCACAAGACAAAAUUUACGAAAUGGCAGAGACAUCAAGAUUAGACCGAGAGAUGCAUGAGAAAAAAAAUGAGGAACUGCAGGCAGAAGUAGAUAAACUUCGUAGGGCAUUGUUUGACUACCAGGUCGCAUCUGUUGCAGCAAUGUCUGAUCAACAACCCAACCCUCAAAGCCCACCCGCCUCCCAGGAGCAAACAUACCCACCUGACUCUCAUUUUUAUGAGAGCAUUGAUGAUUUGACAGCAAAUCCUGCAGAAGUAAUAGAGAUUCGGGUGUGUCAGCACUGUCAGGAGAGAUUUCCCGGCAUCAGCGAGGAUGAAUUAGAACAACAUGAGCAAUCUCACAAAGUGUGUCCUUUCUGCACUCUGGUCUUUGACGACUGGGAACAGCAGACAUUUGAAGAUCAUGUUUACGGUCAUGAGGAUUAGUCAGUUCUGAUUUCUAAAUAUGAUAUAAUGUAUUUAAGAAACUAUGGUGUCGCUUUUUAAAGUACUGAAUGGUCCAGGAUCUUCUAGAUAUGCAUCACUUCUCUUUUAUUAUUAGCUAUUAUCUAUCUAAUAGGGAAAUUCUUUUUUUAUUUUUAUUAUGCAGUGAUUGCCAUAUCAUUGAAGAAAUUGGAACAAAAUGAAUUUAUAUAUAGAAGAUCUAAUACCGAUAAAACGAUUGCCAUUUUCUUUUAUUUACCAAAACUUUUUUCCAAUGGUUAAUCUUUCAAUAUUUAAAAUAAUAAACAUAUAAAACAUA